AUGAUAUCUAGCGUUUGCUUGGUUGUCUCCGGCCUUACGGGCCGGAUAGGACGAUGGAUCAGCCCAAAGUCGUACGAAGUGGCAGAGUUCCGGUCCUACCUCAAUGAUAAUCAGGUCGUCAACAAGCGUGUUAAACUAAGCUGCGAUGAGGAAGAUGCUCAGAUUCGCUGGAUCGACCGGAAUGGUCUCAGCGACCUUAUUGACGACUACAAGGCCUUUGCUAAAGGAAUUGGCAAGGUCUGGGAGUCUAUCGAAUCCCACAACUCUCGGCAGGAGAUGAACAAGAUUCUGGAGCCACUCCGCUAUUCCUUAGCCGACAACGACAAUGAUCGUGCACUUUUGAACAGUACCGACGGCCAUGAUCUCUGCCAACUCUUUUCACUCCAGUUCAAGCGUGCCUUCGACACACUCGACAACGUUUACGAAAUCGGCAUCAUAGUGAAGAUCCGAGACAGCAACGACCUUGUCCCCCCUAUCUUGGACUACAAACUUACACCCCCGGGCCUUGACACCAUGAACUCAAUCAAGGCAUUCUUGUCUGCCCCAGCACUCCCCGCCAUCUGCAAAGAAAUCCUUCAGAUAUCGAACAAGGGCCACAUCCAGAUUUCCGAAUCUUUUAUAGACCGGAUGAUACUCGACCUUGAGGCCAUCACACACAACAUCCCCGCACCUAGUUACGUCCUCUCGAGCCAAUUCCGCGAUAAACUCCAGCAGACUUUUCCUCCUCCUAAACGUACUGACUUGGAUACACAUCUUCUUCUCCCCGGCGCUUUCCCCGACGCCGAAGAACCUCAGCCUCAGCCUCAACCCGAACCUACCCCGGUUGAACAACCUCGCAAGGUGCCAUCACCUGUGCUGCAACCACCCGAAUAUUUCCCUCCAGUCGUUUCGCGACCAAACUAUGACAAGGCCGACUUUCUCCGAGCCGACCUUUUAGAAGCGUCGAUUGCUCAAAUAACCCCUGAGCAAUACCGUAAACACUUUUAUAACGAAAGCGAGGAGCAUCGCGCUCUUAAGGGCAACUACAUCGCUGAGUUCUCACCCAAGGUGCCCCUCACCGUGAGUGAAGCCGGAACGAUAAAGUCAAUCCUCAAGAGCAAGCGUAAGCAUCCGUCGAGAUGCACUCCUAAACGGUUGGGAAUUAGACGCCCGCCGAAGGCAGUACGAUUCACAGACUCCACCUAUAGCCCGCAACCAAGAUCCCAGAUUGGACUCGACGUCCAAAGGAUAUCUAAGAAGAACGAAGACUCUACACAAGCGAAGACGAGUGAACCUGAUAACACUCAAAUUCAACCCCCCACCGAGACGGAAAGAUUCCGUGAUGACAGCCCCGAGACUCAAAUCGAGAAGGAUUUUAAGACGCGGCUCCUGAAUGAGGAAGAAGUCCUCGAGUGGUCGAAGGUACAUUCUCGUCGCACACCACUGACUUUCCGGUUCAACAAAAAGGAAGAUCGAAUUGGCCCGUCGACCCGCAUUGAUGAACUGUUUGCGAUACCUUCCAUCAAACCCCUCGAGAUCAGUGACGACUCCAAGGCUGGAAUCGCGCUCCGAAAAGAGCAAGCAGCACUAAAGGCUGCUGAAGAAGCUCGCCGGGCUGCCGAGGCAGCAAGACGUGCGGCCGAAGAGAAGGCUCGACGCGAGCUGGAGGAGCGUCUGGCCACUUCUGGAGGACUUCGAGUGCCUACUCAGACGCUUGUCUCGGCGGUGCCCCCUGCGUGGCAGACACGAGCCCAAGAUACCCUCCGUGUUACAGGGACGGCUAUAUUGGCGACUACUGGAGAAGGCACGGAGCUGCGGCGACAUGAUUUUGCCAAAGUGGUCCCAGCUACAGAAUGGUUGAACGAUGAGAUUGUCAAUGGAUCUCUCAACUGGCUCGACCAAGCCGUCAACUCGGCCGCUGGCAUUAAGGAUGUCAAGAAGAGCACGAGAAAAUGCUUGACCAUGUCGUCUUUCUUCUUCAAGCGACUACAGGACCAAGGCGUGUCACGAACUCAGCGAACUCUGCGACGAUAUGGAGUCGAGAAAAAUAACCUGCUCGACGUUGACACCAUCUUGGUGCCUAUUUGCGAGCGUUCACAUUGGACCCUCCUUGUUGUCCGCCCCUCAAAGCGGACGGUGGCCCACAUGGACUCGCUGAACCCUCGCGGCAACGCCUCAUACGCCAACCUCGGGCUUGCCUGGAUGAAGGAUGUGUUGGAGGAAAAGUUUCAGGAGGCGGAGUGGAGGGUGAUGCGUCACGAAGCCCCCAUGCAAACCAAUGGAUACGACUGCGGAGUCCACACCAUCACCAACGGCAUGUGCUUGGCUUUAGGACUCAGCCCCAUUGAUUCUUACGUGGCAGAAGACAUGCCCGAACAGCGAAUUCGGCUCGCGUGUAUGUUGUUGAAUGGCGGCUUCAAGGGAGAGUUUGACUUGCGAGUAUAUUGA